GUCGUAGCUCAAUAUAAAGAGCAGUUGAAGGACCUCAUGGAUGAUGUAGAUAAAGAAAUCAUCAACAGCAAUGAGGUGAUGGCUCGAGAAGACUGUACAAGACUGUUGAAGACUCUAUGGCAGCCAAUAGCACACCGAUUAGAUGCUUAUGAUGAGGUCGAAGCGUACAGUCUGGACGAGGGUAUCGCCGAAUUUACGAAGGACCUUUCCAAGUUGCGAGAGGCUUAUCAGAAGGAUGCCCGAGGCCCUACCACUGUGGUGAUGGAGACCUAUACGAAAUGGAUGACGCCGAAGCAGGAGAAGGGACUUCUGGAACUUACGCGCAGACAACAGGAGGCGGCUGCUCAGCGAGCGGUGAUGAUGGAGCGAGAACGAGCUAUGGAAAGGGAGCGUGAGCGGUCUGAGAAGGAGUUGGAGGAGAGGAGGGCCAGAGAGCAGCACGAACGGGAGAGGUAUCGUCUGGAGCGUACUGAAAAGAUGAAGCAGGAGGUGAAGGAACUAGCGCACAACAUUGAGGGUAUCGACACCCCCUCUCUCGUGGAUGAGGAGACCGACGAUAGUCAACGACGAAUGACGGAGGACAUCGAGACGGAGAUGGCACAACUCCGAGGGGCGCUGGAUGAUCGAGACAAUAGGAACAGGAGGGCUCCGUCAACGGCAGCAUGCUGUAGAUGCACUAUAAUGUAGAACUAGUAAUUAGUUGCGACCUUCACCACCAACACUACUGUGCACUAGUACUUGCCAUGUUGAUACUGCUA